AUGGAAAUGAGUUAUAGCCUCUGCAGCCACAGCUGCAUCCCAGUCUGGGUCGCCUUGGUUGCAGUGGAAUAUCUGCCGUUGUCAGAAGUCAACCAACCUUACCUCUCACUGAAUAUCGGCGUGCUUCUAUCGUCAUGGAAAUACAAGCUGCGGCUGCAGCAGGCAGGGUACGAUACUUACUACACCGGCAAGCUGAUGAAACGCCCACUCGGUCGACAACUACGACAGUCUGCAUGUCUCCGGCUUCAAUGGAUCGGAUUUCGUCCUGGAUCCAUAUACCUACGACUACAUGAAUGCACGUAUCAGCGCAACCAUGAUCCGCCUGUCAGUUACCUCGGUAGACACACGACCGAAGUUCUCCGGGAGAAAGCCAUGGGGUUCUUGGAAGACGCUUUAGACGGCGAGCGGCCAUUCUUCCUGGCUGUCGCACCCAUCGUCCCGCAUUCCAACAUGAACGGGACGUAUGGAGGAGGUGCCGGGCCCAUGUGGAUGGAUGAGCCUAUCCCGGAGGACCGCACAAACAUCUGUUCCCGGACGCCAAGGUCCGCGGACUCCCUAAUUCAUCCUAAGAAGCGGCUGCGCGCACUCCAGGGAGUUGACGAGCUGGUAGAUCAGCUCAUCACCCGGUUAGAGCAAAGCGACAAGCUCGAGAACACUUUUGAUGAGGAUAUCCGCGUGCCGUUCUUCAUUCGUAGCCCUGGUAUCCCCGAGGGCGCGCAGCAGGAUAUCGUCACGACGCAUAUCGAUGUUGCCACCCACGUUGUUCAGGCUAGCUGGCAUGUAGCGGUUGAGUACUGGGGACAGGCUAUGUUGGAGGGUGGCAUUUCGAAUCUUGAUAUGAAUCCCGACGGUUCCAAAUACACCUACAAGGCGGUGCGAAUCCUUAGUAAUGAGUACAGCCUCUACUACUCGGUCUGGUGCAACAACGAGCAUGAGCUCUACGAUCCCACGCGUGUCUUCCAUUCCAUGACUGACCCGUAUCAAAUCAACAAUCUCCACCCCAGCGCACGGAAGGGCCAGGCAGAUAAGCAUCGCAUCAUGGGCUUUGACAUUACCCAAUCGUCCAUGGGACGUGUGCUUCAUCCGGAUGGGUCCGUUCACAAUCUACUGGAUGCUUUGGAUCACAAGUAUGAUGCUUUCUACCGUGACCAGUUCAAAGUCUCCUUUGAUCGAUGUGAAUAUGGUUAUGUUAUUGACGCUGAGGGCCGCAGACUGCGCUGGCGUACAGGAAUGGGUAUGCCUUGGAGGCGUGGGUUUAGUAGGCUAGAUAUCUAA